AUGUCGGAAGAAACUAGGUUUCUCUCAGUUAUAGAACCGCAAAUAAAAAAAGAUCACGAAUUGAUCCCAUGGGUAACAUCACUGAUUGAUAAAUUGAAUGAAAAAUCUUUCAGAAACUUGGAAACAAAAAGAACACAUAUUUUUCAAGGAAUGUUAUCAUUUAAAGAAGAUGUAGAAACUCUGCUGAAUGAAAGUUCCUCCAUCCCAGAGGAGCAUCAAUGGGGAAACGAAGAGUUCGUUAUGGAAGAUAAAUUAAGAGACAAUUUGCUAAAAGAAAGGGAAAAAGACUUAGCAGACAAUAAGCAAGCUUUGACGACGCAAUUAAAUAAUGGAUUGAAACUUAUUAAUGAUAUCAAACGCAAAUGUUUGGACAGUAUGCUCCAAAAAGGGAAUAUUUUGGAUGCAUUUGAAAAACGAAAAUCUUUACAUAAUUAUCCCGUUCCACAUUUUUCUGAUACUUCAAAACUUCUCAUGCAAAGGGCGUUGAAAUAUUUUCAAAUUAAUAAAUGCUUAAAAUAUCUAGUGGCUGAAAAAGAUUUCACUGAAACUGACAUUGAGUUAAAUUUCAGCGAACAAGAGUAUGACGAAGACAAAGAAAAAAUUGGUACAAACUUGAGAGAAGAUAUCCUGUUCAUGCAAACUAAAGAAGAAUGUGUCAAUUACACUCUCCUCUUAGAAUACAUAAUUUUUCAUAAAAGACUAGCAUUUAAUAAACGGUUUGAAAACUUACUUCAACUCAAGAAGGACACAGUAAAGACCAUAAAGGCCAAUAACUCACAAAUAAGAAACAUGUUGACUGCAAUUGAAGAAGAGAGGGAGCUAUGGGAGCCUGAUGAUGUAGUAGAAACUCUUGAAUCUAAAUUCCAACCCACGGAAGAAGAAAUAGAAGAGAACUGUCACUUGAAAUCAGAAGCAGAGUCAAAAGUAAUGAAAGGAAUUGCAGCUGAUUUUCUGGAAGAUGAAUGGCUGCAAAGAAUAUUAAAUCCAAAAGUUAAAGAAGCUCAACCGAAACUCAAACGAGAAGCUAUAGGACGCAUGAAAAAAGAAAUAGACAAAUUAAGCAAAAUUUCGUCCGAUGCAUAUAAUCAUUAUGAGAAAAGUCAUAAAAUGUUAGUGGAGGAAAAAUUACAGUGGGAUUUAAAUAUCAACCAGGAAGAAUUGCAACUGUUUUUAAUUAUUUUCUGCACAAGUAACAACAAACUUAUUAGAAGAGGAAAUUUAUUCUUUAAAGAGUGCAUCGAGGGUUUAAAAAGAGUAGCCGUUGUUGUCGAUUCUCAACGAGCCAAAAUAGAUCUUUUAACUAUGAAUAUGAAUAAAAUCCGAGAAAAUUUGAUGAAAGAAGUCGCGAAAAUCGAUGGUGAAGUUCAGCAACUGAGUAGAAUGUCUCGAAACAAGCAGGCGUUUCUCGACGCAUAUAAAGAAAGACCGAGAAUGAAAUCAAUUUCAGAGACACUAAAUCCUUUCGCGAAUAAAAGCAGUUUAGAAUAUGAAAGUUUUAAUUACUUAAAUUCAAAUAAGAUGAAACCACCACGAGUUCCAAUGAAUAUCUGGAAAGAGCUAUGCGCACUGAGAGAAGAAAGAGCGAAUAUGGAGAAAAAACUCAGGAUGAGUGAUUUUGAUUUUUCAAAAUUGGAUAAGAAAAGGAAUGAAAUUAAGAACUGGCAGAGUGAUUUGAGGGCGUUCAUUCUGGUCAAAUCCGUAUUUUUCAAGUACAUGCACGAAAAAGAACUGGAAUGCAACGUUGAAAUGCCACUAGUAACAUCUAUCACCAGCGAACAGCUUGAAACUGAAUAUCCACUUAAACUCGCGUUUAAUCAUUUGAUUUUCAUUAAAAGAUACCACGUAGAAGCCUUGAAUAGUGUUAUUAGCAUUGCAGGAGAAAAUAAACUCGAACUUCUGCAUAAAACGGCAACAGCUAAAAAUCAAAUUCAGAGAAAUGUGACAAGAAUACAAAACAUAAAUUUAGAGCUCAGAGAUUUGAAAACUGAUAUCCAAACAGUUCUGAAUACCCCAUUAGGGCGUGAAGUUCUGAAUGCUCUGCAAGAUCCAAUGGGUUUUGGCCCUCAUGUGAAAAUACAAGAAGUAGAGAAGACGCACAAACAAGAAAAGCAUGACAUUGAACGGCAGAUGCAGAAUGUGUCCAAAAAUAUAAAUAACAUAAAAAUGAGAAUGCAAAAUUUACAUAAGGGAAUGAGUAACAGAAUGAAAGAAAUAGACGUAUUAAAAGGAAAAAUUGCUGAAUUACGCAAUUUGGGAGAUAAAUAA